UCUGGCAGUCUAUUAGCUUGUCACUGUCAUAAGAUCCAUCUGUACCUUUUUACAGUUGACCUUUGUUUUUAUUAAAUUGCUCUGAAAAACAGUUCAUGUUCAUCAUCAGCAAAUGCUCUGGUUUCACAUUUGCCUCUUCUCCCCUGUAGGUUGAAGAGUCUGAGCCCCAGUAUAGGUUAUCUUUGUAGGGUCAUUCUGCUGACCUUUUUUCCACUGCAAAACUAACUGCUCCUUCGUUUCCUAUUUUAAACUGAUGAUUGUCUGUAAGAGGGCUUUACAUUUCUCUAGUGGCAGAUUAGUUUCUUUCGGAGCCUUGGUGGAAAGACCUUUUCAAAACCAACCUGAAAUGCAAAACUUACCUUUGCUGGCUUACUGCUUGCAGAGCUCUAAAAGAUACUGCCCCAGGGAUCUAAUUUUCUGUACUCCAUGAUUUUAAAUCCAGAAUUAUUUGUUGAAUUUAUGCUCUUUUGCAGUUCCUCCAGAACGCUACAGCUUCCUUCCCUCUUCAGUGUUCUUGGCUUGUGGAAUUGUAAACCUCAGAGGAACUUUGGAUGGAAAUACUGACACAAAUUUAAGAACUUUGAUGCUUUCAGACUUUGAAUUUUGAUUUGUUAAAUGACCAGGAAUAGGAUACUGCCUGAACAAGAUGAAAUGCCUUGAAGACCUUUGGUUCUGCUUUCAUUUCUCCUGAAGCAAUGGUUUUCUCAGCAAUGUUGACACUGGCCCACUCUGGGACCUCAAAUGCUACUUUUAUUGUUUAUGAAAAUGCCUAUACGAAUUUUACCACUCCGCAGUUCUUGCUUCGUAGUGGCACAACACAGCCGUCGAGAUAUGGUUCAGGUGCUGUACUCGCCACCGAAAGAAGUACUUUUCUGGUAAAUGCUACAGCUAUCCUGCCAUCACAGGAAGUUUUCAGGAGCUUGAGUUUGCCACUCCAGAUUAUUCUUUCUGCUGCUAUGAUAUUUAUCCUGUUGGUUUCUUUCCUUGGAAACUUUGUUGUUUGCCUCAUGGUCUACCAGAAGGCAGCUAUGAGAUCUGCAAUUAACAUUCUCUUAGCAAGCCUGGCUUUUGCAGACAUGCUGCUGGCAGUGCUGAACAUGCCUUUUGCUCUGGUAACAAUCAUUACCACUCAGUGGAUUUUUGGGGAUAUAUUCUGCAGAGUCUCUGCUAUGUUCUUCUGGCUUUUUGUCAUAGAGGGGGUAGCCAUUCUUCUUAUUAUUAGUAUUGACCGAUUUCUUAUCAUAGUUCAGAGGCAAGAUAAACUGAACCCUUACCGUGCAAAGAUUCUCAUUGUGCUUUCCUGGGCAGCUUCUUUUGUUGUUGCUUUUCCGUUAUCAGUAGGGAAUCCUAAUCUGCAGAUACCCUCAAGAGCACCUCAGUGUGUCUUUGGCUACUCGACAAGCCCAGGUUACCGAGCCUAUGUGAUAGUUAUCUUGCUAAUUUCUUUUUUUAUUCCAUUCCUCGUAAUGCUAUAUUCUUUUAUGGGCAUACUCAACACCGUCCGCCACAAUGCAGUUCGUAUCCAUAGCCACCCUGAUAGCAUAUGCCUCAGCCAGGCCAGCAAACUUGGUCUCAUGAGCUUACAGAGACCUUUUCAGAUGAAUAUUGAUAUGAGCUUUAAAACUCGUGCCUUCACAACCAUCUUGAUUUUGUUCCUUGUCUUCAUAGUCUGUUGGGCACCCUUCACCACUUACAGCCUUAUAGCCACAUUCAACAGCCACUUCUACUACAAGCACAACUUCUUUGAGAUAAGCACUUGGCUCCUUUGGCUCUGCUACCUCAAGUCUGCACUGAACCCACUGAUAUACUACUGGAGGAUUAAGAAGUUUCAUGAUGCAUGCUUGGACUUGAUGCCCAAAUACUUCAAGUUUUUGCCACAGCUCCCUGGCCAUACAAGACGGCGCAUUCGACCGAGUGCCAUCUAUGUGUGUGGGGAGCAUCGGUCGGUAGUGUGAAGCUGCAGUUGUUUGACAAUGAUUGUUAUUUUCUGGGUUUGUUUUUUUUUUUAGGCUUUAGGUUGAAUUUUAUUUUGUUUAAUAUGGCUUUUUCAGUGUGGCCAUAUCUUAUAACUUACUUAAUUUUCCCAGUACUCUGUGCAAUUUUGGAAGGUAAGAUAGAGGGAGGGAAAGUGGUUAGUUAUAGUUGAGUUUACUACCAGAAUACAAGUAAACAAAAUAACAAAUGUUACCUCUAGGAUUCCAUGGAAAUCCAUUCUUUUAAAUGAAAAAUACAUUUGUAACUUUUUGACAGGUUUAGGCUUGCUAGGCCUGCAAUUGCAUCUAAUUGUAGAGACUUUUUUUUUUUUUUAUGCUGCUAAGAUACAGUGUAUUUAGUUAGUGUAAUUUCUCUGAAAAAUGUUGCUGCUGUCUGCCAAUAUAUUGGAGCCAAAAAGUCUCAUUAGAUUAUUCCUAUUUAAUUUUAACAAUAUUUCAGAAGUUUUCGUGGUAACACUAGAAAACUUCUUCCUUUUUUUACUCUUUACUUUAAUACUUCCAUUAAUAUUUUUGUGCACUUUACAAAAUUUACUAUAGAAUUUGUUCAUUGGAAUAUUUUGUUCUGUAUUGAAGGGGUAUUAUUAUCAUUAUUUGUUAUAUUGCUGAAUUUCAAUGAAAGACCAGUGUAAGCUCUAGGAGGGCAAUUUAUGUUGGUAUAGCUACACCUACAGUCACAGAUUCACUGUUUUUCUAACAAGUAUCAAAUGUAACAUUAACUGCUCAGUUAUUAGGGGAGUUGGAAGGAAAAAAUGGAGGAAGGAAAGGGAAAGAAAGGGAUGAAAAUACCAUGUCUGGAGGUUUAGACUAACAUAAAAUGUAGAAAAAUAGAGUUUGUGUGAAAAUUAUCCUGGGGAAAGGGUUGUAGUUGUUAGUUUAGGCUGUUAUGAGCUAUCUAAACCUGAUGGUACGCCUGAAAACCUAUCUGAAAUUGUGACUUUGGGCCUGCAAUUUACACUCUGUUGGUAUAACGCUGUUUCUUCUUGGAGCUCAUGUAAGGCUAGUUGUGCUCUGAAAUCAUGCUGUCAGGUGUUCAUUGGGAUAGAAUUAGAAAUUGUAGAGUAAACCAGCAAAUAGAUAGCACAUGCUUGAGACUAGGACUUAGUCUUCAUAGUAAUUACAGGGAAAAAAAUCUUCAGCUUCUUUUCCUGGUUAAGUAUUAGGCCAAAACCAUGAACUGGUAAUUGUAGAAUGGCUUGUGUUGAAAGGGAACUUAAAGUUCAUCUAGUUCCAACCUCCCUGCCAUAGGCAGAGACACCUUCCAUUAGACCACGCUGCUCUGAGGCCUGUCUGACCUGGCCUUGGACACUGCCAGGGAUGGAGCAUCCAUAACUUCUCUGGGCAACCUGUUGCACCCCAUAGUGAAGAAUUUAUUCCUAAUACCUGAUCUAAAUCUACCCUCUUUCAGUUUAAAGCUAUUAUUCCUUAUAACAGUUGGCCAGCAGUGUUUGCUGUGGAUGCAAGCUGAAUUCCCCAAUUUCCCCACAUCCUACUUUACGCUGAUUUUUUUCAUUGCCCUUUUUCCUCCAUAGUGUUAUCUGCCUCAAAAUUUUACGCUGCUGUUAUCAUCUAUUAGGCAUCAGCUUCUCUCCCUGAAAUGCCAGAUCACCCUUAUGAUUAAUGUCAGGCUAUCUCAGUACCUGCCUGGAAAGCAGAAAGGAGAAGGUUUUCCUUGAUGAUAGCAAUCUGGACUCAGCUUUUUGCCUUUUUUUUUUUUUUUUUUUUUUUUAAAUCUGCUAAAUAGAUAUUUAAGGCAAGUAAAAUUAAGACUAAGGUUUGGGCUUUGAAGUGCCACCCCCCGACCCCCCCCCCCCCCAGUUGCUCUGAGGCUGGGGAAGAAUGCCUGCAGAACAGGAUUAAUAUACACCAAAUUUAUCAGCCAGGGUUUGAGCUUCUCUUGCUUCUAUCUGUCACUCAGUACCCCAAAGCAUGAGGACCUCUUCAUUGUUGUUGUACCAGGGGAGGAAGUAAUAGCAAUUUUACCCAUUUCUAUCUAUCUACACGGUACAGGGCAUUUCCUUCAUGCUUAUAUCUAUGUGUAUGAAGGAGGUGCCCUGUUCUGUGUGGAUGUCCAAGGACUGCUUAAUUUCUGAGGUCAAGUAAGCAUUUACAGCCCAGAUUUUGUUUAGGUCUUCAGUGAAGAACUAAGUAAACAGUUAUCUCUCUUCUCCAACAACAAGCAGUGAAAGUGUUGGCAAUAUUUAUAUUUUAAGAGUAUAAUAGGAACAAUUUUGAGUUUAGUAAUUUUUUUUUUUUUAAAGCUGCUAGCUGAGGUUAUGGGUUACAUGUAAAGGCACCCAGGCAGUGGCGGUGCUAUUGAUACGUGUGCUGUAAGUUCCUUGUCAACUUCACUGAUCAUGGUAUGGAUUUUUCUCAUCAAAAUGAGAGACACUAAAGGAGUUCUGCUGUAAACCAGAGUGUUUUAGCUUGUCUUUGCCGUAUAGAUUUAUUUCUCCAUUACAUUUACAUUGAUAGCAGAAGUUUAUGACCUGGUUAGUAUGGAUUUUCUGUUCCAGUGCUGUCAUGCCUGUUUUUCUCUGAAAGCAGCAAAAUUGUGUUUACAGCUAAUGUAAUAGAGUGAGAGCAUACACUGUCUAAGAUGGCAGGAACAGGUAUUUUUGCUGUCUUCCAGAGCUAUAAUGUGAAUGGUUUGAAUGAAUGUUGUAAAACAUGGUAAUUCAAAGAGUAAAGAAGAUGAGUAAUACAGGAAGGUUAGUGAAAUUACUUUCUUGAAAGGGGAGGGGAAAACAUUCUGUUGGGAUUUCAUAAUCUCUGAUAAGUACUGGUUGUGAAGUAGAAAUUGCAAACAUCAAAGAAGGUUAAUUUAUCUUGAUAAUUUAGUGCUUGUUUACACUGUCUGUAACAGGGUUUCCACUCAGAGCUGCAUCUGCUGAUACUUGGAAAAAAGAAACCCAAAUUGAGUGGCCCAGAUUCAGAGGUGACUUACUUGGUGAUACAAUAUUCACACUUAGGGGGUUUUAGAGGUGAUGAGAACAUACAGUGAACAAAAGGGUGUUCAAGAAAAAAAGAAACAAGGUAGCAUAGAAGUAUCCCCAGGGUAAUGAUGUGUUUACAGAACCAUUUGAGCUAUUGUGUCUAGUAUAGGGUCUUUAGAGCAGUGCCUUGCUAAUUACAGCUGAAGUCCUAGGACCAAGUUGGAAGCGGCUAAACUGCUUAGUCUUGCUGUCUGGGAUCCUGCCACGAUCACCAUAACCUGGCUAUCUGUAAUGUUAAAACACAUGUGUUGGCUGGAUUGGGGCUACUGAGGCAUUUGGUGGGCUUGACCAACACCAACGAUUUUAAAACUGAAAUUGAUCCUUCCUGAUUCUACUGGGGAACUAUAAUUUUCUUCCUCUUCAAAAAUUAUACUGAUUACUAAACUGUAAUUCUGCCAUUAUAUUUUCAGAAAUCUUUGGUCUGGAGGAUUGAAAUGAAUGUAUUUUCAAUUAUGUUGCAGUUUAAUUCAUUCUGUUAAAGCAUGCUGCUUACACAAGACUCAUUUGUACAAACUGAUUGCUAAAAUGAUUCUUUUGUACUCAGUUGUGUAUCUUUGACAUUUGUUAUUCAUGUAAAAAUAUGUAUAUAGAGAAACUUGUUUUGCCUCUUAUUGCUUUCUGUUACUACUUUUUUUUUCACUUGUGUGCUUAAUGCUUUCAUAGAUUCUUUUAUUUGGACAUAUGCAUAAACAACUGGAAGAUUUCAGUGGUCUUUCUGGAGCUGUUUGAGGUUUUUAAUUCUCAAAUCAUUCAACAAUGCCCUCCUUGAAAGAGAUUUUGAUUUAAUUUUGUGUGGAAAAAUAAAAAUUCAGAGUACAAGUUUUUGCAGUUGGAAUGGUGAGAAAUUUCCUAAGUUCAGUUUUCCAGGAGUCACUACUUUGCCAUUAUGAACUGGUUUGAUAUUUUUUUGAGGAGUAGUCAUUUUCUGAUGUGAAGAAACUUGAAUUACUAUUUUAAAACAAGCUAUUAAGUAGAAUGGCGUUCUCUUUUCUGUAUAUAUUGCACCUGUGAAAAUACCCAAGAAACAAACAAAAAAGAAAAAAUAAACAUUAACAUUCUCCAAAAAUGUAGCAAAAGUCUAUAGAAUUGCUCUAUCUUUGUGCAUUUGCAGGCUUUUUGGAUUUAUUGUCCAACUUAAGCGUUUCAAACACUUUAUCCAUAUCUUAAAUAAGAAAGGUUGUUUGCCUGAUUUAGAUGGUUUUCUUUAAGCCAAUAUGUUUCUUGUAUAAAGAAUUUACAGAAUAUUCUCUUCUGAGAUAUUGGAGUAGAGAUGUGUCAGUCUAUCUAAAACAAAUGAGAUAACAUCCAGGAAAAGAGAGAGCCUAAAAAGAAAAUAAUUUUCCUAAAAAUGCUGCCUGAACUGGGUGUACUACCUUGAGCUAUGACUGAGUAAUUAGGAUCAUCUUACUGUGCAAUAAAUAAAACAGGCAGUGGUA